GCCAGGCCCAGCAGAGUGGCAGGAACAGAGAAGAGAAACCUUUGGCUGUUUGGGAUUCCCGACCUUGAUUGGCGGCAGGCACGGUGAUGUAAUGACAUUGCCAGGAGAAAGGACCUUCUGCAGAUGGACUAUUGAUACAUGGACUUCCGAAAUGUUACAGAUAGGAGAUCAGAACUGAGGAGAGUGUAAGCACUAUUGGAUCCCACUGAUCACUCAGACCAUUAGAUACUGAAGAAAAAAAGCUCUCUAAUGGCCAAGCAUGAACCAACACGGGGAAUUGCUAUUGGACAGCUGUCAUCCACAGAGUUUGUCAAAGAUUGAUUGAAUAUACGUUUUUGUAGGAUAGUUUCAAAAUCUCCCACAUAGAGACGCAUAGUACUUUUGAAUUAAUUGCUUUGGUGCUGUUCGUGUGCAAUUUGAAAGAAGAUUUGGAGGUUGUUUGCAGUGAAAUGGGAAUAAUAGAGCAAAUAUUUGACAAGUAACUGAGGACUUUGCGUAGCUGUCGGGGUGAAAUAUUGAUGAUUUCAAAUUAAGACUCUCAGUUCUCUACGGCAGGCUCAGUUUGCCUCCAACAAAUUCAAGACAAAUCACAUGUGAGACUGGUGAGCUGAAAUUCGAAUGGCAGGUUAUUUACAGAAAGCAGUUUUUUUAACUGAUGCUGUUGGGUGUACUGCAAGGGCAUCUGGAUAUUUUCUUUGGUCAAUUUCUACAUUUCAGGAUUGUAUGACUCAGUAUAGUUAAUUUAUGAUACGUGCUGGGUUUUCUCUUAUGCUUUCUCCGUUUAGAACCAUGCUACGCUUGAGUUUAAAACGCAACAAGGAAAAAAAACAAAAACUGACAAGACAAAAUGAAACCCGGUGCUUGCUAAUUUCCCCUCUGAAGGAUAACAGAACCUCCAUUUUAAUUUCCUGGUUACAGGGAAACAAUGUUAUAACCAUCUAAUGUUAAAGUAAAAAACAACAGCAAAAAAUACUAGUUAAACCAUAAUGAGUCACUUGUUUGUGUGCCUUUUUAUUUAUGCAAAUUUAAUAGUGGUGUUUAUCUUAUGUGAGAUAAACUGUAUACCCUAACAAGCAAACCCACUUGCUGAAUUAAAUGUGUUUUCUUUCAUUGAAGGAACAACUUUUGUCUUACAAGAUCGCUCAGGCACUUCAUUUUGAAUUUGUAGUCACUUCUGAGCUUGGACGUGCAACCGUCAGUUCAUAUUGAGGCAGUUGUCAGACUUGAUAUAAUCCUUUGGGAAGCCAGGAUCUCCUGAAUAGGUUUACCUGACAGGGAGGAGUACGCAUAUUUUCUGUUCAGGAAACUGGAACAAUCAUUGCCAUGCCCAUAUAAUGCGCAUAUGUGACUUCACUAUUCAUUGGAUAGAUUUUCCCAGUAAUUGUUAGGUUUGUAUUUCUAAAGACCUUAAAUAAACACCACCACAUCCAAUACUAAUAAUACAAAUAGUACAAAAACUGAGACCACCUUUCCUGCCUACCCAGACAACUGUAUUAUACAGCAGGAUGUUUGCUGCUGUGGAACAUGGUCCUGUUCUUUGCAGCGACUCUAACAUCCUAUGCCUUUCAUGGAAAGGCAGAGUCCCCAAGAGCGAAAAGGAGAAACCGGUAUGCAGGAGACGCUACUACGAGGAAGGCUGGCUGGCCACCGGGAAUGGCAGGGGUGUUGUUGGAGUAACAUUCACUUCCAGUCACUGCAAAAGAGAGCGGUAUCCACAACGGAUCAAUUUCAAUUUAAGAGGACACAAUAGCGAGGUGGUGCUGGUCCGAUGGAAUGAGCCCUUUCAGAAGUUGGCAACCUGCGAUGCUGAUGGAGGGAUAUUUGUGUGGAUCCAGUAUGAGGGCAGAUGGUCAGUGGAACUCGUGAAUGACCGAGGAGCACAGGUGAGCGACUUUACAUGGAGCCAUGAUGGGACCCAGGCUCUUAUUUCGUACCGGGAUGGCUUUGUACUGGUCGGGUCAGUUAGUGGACAAAGGCACUGGUCUUCCGAGAUCAACCUGGAGAGCCAGAUAACUUGUGGAAUAUGGACACCGGAUGACCAACAGGUGCUGUUUGGCACUGCGGAUGGCCAGGUGAUUGUCAUGGACUGCCACGGGCGGAUGCUGGCUCACGUUCUCCUCCAUGAGUCAGAUGGCAUUGUAAGCAUGUCCUGGAACUACCCCAGCUUCCUGGUGGAGGACAGCAGUGAGAGUGACACUGACUCUGAUGACUAUUCCCCACCACAAGAUGGUCCAACUGUCUAUCCAAUUCCAGUACAGAACAUGAAACCCCUACUAACAGUCAGCUUUACUUCCGGGGACAUCAGUCUAAUGAACAACUAUGAUGACCUGUCUCCUGCUGUUAUCCACUCAGGACUGAAGGAUGUCAUUAUUCAGUGGUGCUCACAGGGAGAUCUUCUGGCAGUGGCAGGGAUUGAGAGGCAGAGCCUACCAACAGACCCUGGUUGUGCCCCCCUCUUAAGGAACGCGCUUGUUCAAUUUUACAAUGUCCGUGGAGAGCAUAUCUACACACUGGAGACCCCAGCCCAGAGGCCCAUAACUACAAUAUGCUGGGGACACAGAGACUCGCGGCUGUUUCUGGCUUGUGGACCGGCGCUGUACGUUGUUCGGGUCGAACACAAAGUCGCAAAUCUGCAACUCCUGUGCCAGCAGGCAAUAGCUAGUGCACUGCGUGAAGAGAAGGAUAUCAGCAAGUUGACGCUCCCAUCCCGCCUCUGCUCAUACCUCACCACCGCCUUCAUACCAACAAUCAAGCCUCCCAUCCCUGACACAAACAAUAUGCGGGACUUUGUGAGCUACCCGACAGCAGGGAAUGAGCGGCUGCACUGCACUAUGAAGCGCACAGAGGACAACCCCGAGGUGGGCGGCCCCUGCUACACACUCUACCUGGAGUACCUGGGAGGCCUGGUGCCCAUUCUCAAGGGAAGACGCAUCAGCAAGCUGCGCCCAGAGUUUGUCAUCAUGGAUCCGAAGACUGAUGGCAAAGCAGACGAGGUGUAUGGAAACAGCUUGAAUUUGUCUGUGAUCGACAGCUGUAACUGUUCCGACUCCAGUGAUAUCGAGCUGAGCGAUGACUGGGUUGGAAAGAAAUCACCAAAGAUAACAAGAGGCAGCAAGUCGCCUAAACUUCCCAGGAUUAAUAUUGAAGCUAGAAAAUCUCCUAAGCUUUCCCGGGCUACACAGGAAAUUUCCCGGUCGCCACGGUUACCAAUCAGGAAGACUUCUAUUGGAUCUCCCAGUCUGGCUUGCAGAGAGUUUCCUUUUGAAGAUAUCACUCAGCAUAACUAUCUUGCUCAGGUCACUUCUAAUAUCUGGGGAACAAAGUUCAAGAUUGUAGGACUUGCUUCAUUUCUACCAACUAAUCUUGGUGCAGUUAUAUACAAGACAAGUUUGCUGCAUCUUCAGCCUAGACAGAUGACUAUUUACCUGCCAGAGGUCCGUAAAGUUUCCAUGGACUACAUCAACCUUCCUGCGUUCAAUCCCAAUGUGUUUAGCGAAGAUGAAGAUGAUCUGCCAGCAACUGGAACUUCUGGAGUGUCUGAUGACAACCCCACCUGCACUGUAAACAUUCCUAUUGCUCCUAUUCACAGCUCGGCUCAGGCUAUGUCCCCAACCCAGAGCAUCGGACUGGUCCAGUCCCUACUAGCCAAUCAGAACGUCCAACUGGAUGUCUUGACCAAUCCCACUGCCACAGCAGGAUCAUCUGCUGGGGUCUCAGAUCAUAAUCAGGACAGAGGGAUGGGCACCCAGUAUCAGGUGUCCAAUAGGUACUCCAACCCUGGCCAGGUGAUCUUCGGAGGGCUGGAGAUGGGACGCCUAAUUGUUGGUCCUCCACCUCCCCUUCUCCAUCCCCAUCAACAACAGCAGCUGCCGCCAACACAGCAACCCGUGCCCUACCUCCAUCCUUCCCAUCAGCCCUCGCACCAUCCUUCCCAUCAGCCCUCGCACCAGCCUUCGCAUCAGCCCUCGCACCAGCCUUCGCAUCAGCCCUCGCACCAGCCUUCGCAUCAGCCCUCGCACCAGCCUUCGCAUCAGCCCUCGCACCAGCCUUCCCAUCAGCCCUCGCACCAGCCUUCCCAUCAGCCCUCGCACCAGCCUUCCCAUCAGCCCUCGCACCAGCCUUCCCAUCAGCCCUCGCACCAGCCUUCCCAUCAGCCCUCACACCAGCCAUCCCAUCAGCCCUCGCACCAGCCUUCCCAUCAGCCCUCCCAUCAGUCUCCGCAUCAGCCCUCGGGGCCAAUCCAUCAGCUACAAGGGGCGAUCCAGCUACCACCUUCAACUGCAGAACAUGGGACCGACAGGAACCAUGAGCAUCUCCAAAAAAGCAAGCCUCUCCGGUCUGUACCCCAGCUGGCUGAAGGGGAUGCUGUGGUCUUCAGUGCCCCUCUGGAGAUCCAGAUUAGCAAAAUGAACCCUCCACCGCCAUAUCCUGGCACUGUGGCAGCAGCUGCGGCUGCAGCUUCUGCGGCCAAUAACAAUAAAGCCGCUUCUCCUUCAGUGGAUCUGUUAGUCAAGAAGAAUGAAUUCUCCCUAUACCCAGCAGCAGCACAGUACCAGACCCCUCUGGGCUAUGAGAGGAUCACCACCUUCGACAGCAGCGGUAACGUAGAGGAGGUGUGCCGCCCCCGCACCAGGAUUUUGUGCAACCAGAACAUAUAUACUCUGCCCGGCCCGGGCAGCUCCGCCACCCUGAGGGUGACCUCCUCUGAAAAGAAGAAGGUGCAGAUUCCCUGUGCCACAGCCACCCUCAACCGGCUCAAGGUGCCCCGGUACUCCAUUCCCAGCGGAGACCCGCCCCCUUACCCUGAUCUAGCCAACCAGACUGGGUCAGGGAGAAGCCCUGGCCAACGCAUUGACAGCAGCCUUAUUCAUGCCACACUCCGCCGCAACAGCAGGGAGGCGGCCCUCAAAGUUUCCCAGAUGACGGACCUACAGAGAACUCUCCCAACCAAAUCCAAGGUUAGCAGUGGUGCAGUGGCAACUUCCUACCAGCAGAGAGUGCCCACGGCUUUAUACACUUGCAGUCAGUGCAGUAAUAGCAGCAGUAGCGGAAGUGCUAGUGGCAGUGGCGGGGGAAACAACAGUAACAGCAACGGCAUCUCAGGUGGGAGCAUCGUUCGUCAAGAUUUGCCAGCAGGGAACAGCGGCCAACACAGCACAGUUAUAGUCCAUUCCAACAGCACCUCACCACUGGCUUCUCAGUCGUCAUACAACCUGCUGAGCCCCCCAGACAGCUGUAGGGACAGGACAGAAUAUAUUAACUCUGCCUUUACAGAGGAUGAGGCCCUCAACCAGCAGUGCCAGCUAGAAAAGUCCAUCCGGCACCUGAACAUCAGUGAGGUCAGUCUGGCCACCAAGCGUCCUCCACCUUACCAGUGGGACCCCUCGACCACUGAGGAGAUCUGGGUACCCCAGGACCGCUCGGGGCUGAAUGCACCCCCAGGAGCUCACAAACCCUCACCUCUCAUCCUCAACCCUGCCCAACACUUAGAUGUGUCCCGUCUACCAUUUGUUCUUUCCCAGAAAUCCCCUACCAGUCCCAAUGCUACUUUCCAGGCUGGUUACCAGAUAACCUUGCCCUUUUCACCGAAUGCAGGUUAUGGUGGACCUCAAAUGCAGGCCAUGCAGCCAACUCCGCAACCUUGUUCUCCCAAGGAAAUGGUGGCACCUGUCCCUUUCACCCAACAGGAGCCCACAAUGGUCUUGCCGCCCAGUUACCCGCCUAACCUUGCCAACCUCGCUUGCUGCCCUCUUCCACCCAUGUACCCAGGUGGUAGUGCCUGUGCAGGUCUGCAGUUGCCUUCCCUUGCCUUGCACCCUUGGAACUCCUAUAACCCAUGUCCACCUAUGCAGAACUCCUCUGGAACAUUGCCUCACCCACCCAAGCCUCACCUGGUGGUUGAAAAGCCAGUCCUUUCCCCUCCUCCCUCUGCAGAGCUCAUGAACCAUAUGGGUACCAGCGAGGCCAUGGCAGAGGCAGGGGACAACUUCCAAGAAGUGGCAGAGAGCCCUAUCACCCAACGGGCAGACAAGUUUAACAAGAAGAGCCACAAGAGGCUUGAUAGCCGGGCAGAGGAGGGCAAUGUGCCAGCCAUCGCAGAGGGCAAGGUGAAGAAGGAGGCCCGGGCUCUCAGUGACUUCAAUUCCCUGAUCUCCAGCCCCAGGCUAGGCCGGGAAAAGAAGAAGCCCAAGAGUCAAAAGGAGCAGCUUAAGUCCAAAAAGCUAAACAAGACUAAUGAGUUCCAGGACAGCUCGGAGAGUGAGCCAGAACUUUUUAUCAGUGGUGAUGAACUGAUGAACCAGAGCCAGAGUAACAAGAAGGGCUGGAAGAGCAAGCGAAGCCUGCGCACGGCCAGUGAACUUGAUGAGUUCAAGUGUCGCAAAGCCAACGAAAAGGAGGACCGUGGCCUGGGCAGCCAGGGCUUUGUGUACAUCAUGGCCAACAAGCAGCCACUGUGGAACGAAGCUACACAGGUCUACCAGCUGGACUUCGGAGGGAGGGUGACACAAGAGUCUGCAAAAAACUUCCAGAUUGAGAUGGAGGGAAGACAGGUGAUGCAGUUCGGAAGGAUUGAUGGCAAUGCCUACAUCCUAGACUUUCAGUACCCGUUCUCAGCAGUGCAGGCCUUCGCUGUGGCCUUGGCCAACGUCACCCAGCGCCUCAAGUGAAGAAUAGAGCUCAGAAAAAGGCUUUUCUUUUGAAUAUCCUAAUUAGACUGAUACAUAAAGUUCUUGUUCAGUGUGCUGUGUAAGCGAAUUAACCGUGGCAUCAGAGUUGCAGUGCUGCUGGCUUCCAUAUGUUGGAGCCGUAUUUCUAGUGCUGGCUGGAGAGAAGAGUGGAGAGAGUGGCCUAAGGGGUCAUCUUCGGAGACACGAGCUUCACUUACUGUGGUUGUUCUGCAAUUGUAUAUGCUGCUGUAGCUGACAGAAGCUAGUAGAAACAGUGUCCUCUUUACAGACUGCCUUAUAUCACUUUUAUUGUUUCCUUUUAAUACUGUUACACAGAGUUUUUUCAGUCCAGGUUUUAAACACAACAGUAAUACUUGAAAAUGAUAUCUGGAAAAGCAAAAGCUCAUCAGCUAGAAAUUACAGGUACUACCCAGCACUGGAAUAUAUAGCUAUAAAAAAAAAUUAAAAAAAACUAUUCAUAAUACAGUAAGUAUUUUGGCUCAGAUAUGAAUAUUUGAAACAUAGUGCCUAAUUUAGGGCUAUGUUUCAAGGACUGAAGCAGACUACUAAACAUAACUAUGUUUUGGUCACAAGCCAUCCAAUUUUUGGAAAUCAGGGGCACUGUACUUGAAAUUGAAGUGGCAAAAUGGAGAACGAAUACUUGAUUCAUUUUGCAAAUCAGAAGAACUUGUUAAAGUAAAACCAUUAUCAGAGCCACACAGUUCAGUGCACUGAAUCUCCUAUAGUACAAUUUCUGUGUUCUUAAAUCUAUUUAAAUGUACUUAUUAUUAUUAUUAUUAUUAUUAUUAUUUUAUGUAACAUUAGGUCAUCUUUGUACCUUGUUUACAUUGUUGUUGAGAUGUUUGUUUUAUUGGGGGACAGGUAGUCACAUUUAAAAGGUAACAGCUUUAUUAAGGGGUAAAUAAUAAGUUUCUUUAUAUCCUUUUUUGUUUCAGGUUUUGUGAUUGCUUUAAAUGUUAAUGUUUAAAUUUUAGUUUGAGAUUUUUAAUUAUACAUAUUUCGCAAAAGAAAAAAGAGAAAAAUCUAAAUUGGAGAAUGUGGUACCACUCUGGCACCAGUGGGUACACUUCUGUUGUCACUUCUGUGAAGUGUUCUUACAGGCAUCCGUUACUGGCUACAUGACUGACACCAGUGUCGCCCCCUAGUGUUGUGUGAUCAAGGUACAGGGCUGGCAUGGGCAUUAUGAAGACUGCAGUGCAAUAUAAAUAUAGCCACUCCACUGGAAAACACCAGCCUUGUUCAUGGACUGGAGCAGUGUAUGGAAUGGAAAUCAAAUGCAUUAAAAUCAGAUAAUUGAUCAAUAUUUGUCUUCUGUAUUUCCUGAUGUCACAAGUAGUUUUGUGACUGACUGAUCCCAGCACUUCAGAUCUAUUGGGUUGAUGAGCUGUGUGUUUUGGGUUCUGCAUUAGGCAGAAAAAAACUCAAGACAAGUCUGUCAAAAUAUUUUUCUAGAAUACAUCUAAAGCUGACCAUUCUGCUUAAGUAAUUGCAGUCAAGGUGGACUUGCAGCAUUUAUGUGAUAUGUGUUAUCUGAGAAAAGAAUGUUGAUGGUUAGUCCUGUUUAUUUAUAUAUUGCCUAGUGUGUUGACUGACGGUUUUUAGUUGUGCAAUAUUUAAAUUUUAUUUAAGAACAUAACAGUAUAUAUAUUUUUUUUUUCAAAUUUGAUUUGAAAUUUCUUGACAGUCCUUUUUACACAGGUUAUGUGUAGAAGGUGUGGAUUAAGGAGGUUAAUCUAUCCUUGUAUUGGUGGUUUAUAUACAGUUACUUUAUUUGUAUAAGAAUAUUUGAAACUAACAAUUAUAAUUUUGGGGAUUUGCUGGGAAGCUGUUCUUUGUGUUGAAGGUAUUUGUUCACAGUGUAUUGUGAGGAGGUCGAUGUUGAGUGUUAUGCAAGAACUGUUUUGUAAUGCAAAUGAAAGAACAUUAGUAAGUAUUAAGUAGUUGACUAUUGUAGUUUGUGUUGUAGGACAUGCCUUGUCUGUAGAGUUGAUUAAUUCUGUUGGUGUUAUUUGUGCAGUCUCAACAUAUUUGGUCAGUUUUCUGUUUCUCUUACAUGUUUUGUGUUCUAUAGUUUUCUGUUGUUUUUUAAUAUUGCCUUGUCAACAUGAAUAACCUCUUAAAAAAAGAUGACCUAUUCCUAAUAUCUGUAUGCUUUAUUAAAACCAAACAAGCCACACAACAUUGCUUAGCACUAAUCUGGUCUUUACUCAUGAUCUUACUUUAACAGGAUUACUUGAUGUUUUAAACAGGUAAAAAAAAAAAAAAAAAAAGUUUCUCAUAGCAUAAGCAGUAACCUCAUUUGCACAAUGCCCUUAUAAUUUUGCUUUGGUGAUUCGUUCUACCACACAAUUAACUUGCAUGCUGUGCAGCAAGCAUUAGGACAGCACUUACACUGGGAGGCUCAGUUGGGCCCCUGAUACCUGUUGCACAGGACAUGAAUUUAGGUCAGUCAGAGAAAAAGCAUGGGAAACUUUAUCAAAGUAAGGGGCCUGUGGGAACAUUGGAAGAUGCUACUUUGAAAAAAAAAGGUGCAGGCCAAACAUUGAUUUGGAAUAAGAGAGAGUUUUGAUAUGAAGAAAUAAAGUUUCUGAUGUUUCUCUUUGUCUAGUGAGAGAUCACAAAUGUAUAUGCUCAAAUUAAUACACAUUUUAGGAUUCUCUUGAAAAUGAAAAUGGCUUCAUAUCAGUGGUCAAGACACAAUCUGGAUUGGCACUCAAGUUGGCUUUUGCAGGUUCCUCUGAAUACAUGAGGACAAAUGGGUCAAAGUAGACUGGUAUUAAGGUUCAUGGCGAUAAGACAAGGCAUUCACUUUACUCUGUUUUCUUGUGACAAACAUUUGUGUUUUAGAAAAAAGCAUGGGUAUGCUUCUGAUUAAAAAAGGCAAGGCACUGUGACAUUUUCUAGAAAAGGUAUUUGCAUUUGUUUAUAAAUGCAUUAUUUAGUACUGUAACACUGAACAUAAUUGUUUAAUUUGAUCAAAACUCUUGUGGGCUUGUGUGUUAAAGAGGAAUAAUGUUGUGUUCCCCCCCCCCAUUGAAAUAACCCAUAGCAGUACUAAGCACUUGAAGUGCCAGUAUUUGUGAAAUGGGAUGUAUGUUUACUUGACACAGGUUUUCUUUGAUCAUUUUUUUCUGAAACUAUUUUGUAAGCCAGUUUUCAAGUGCAACACUAAACUGCCCUGCUGUUGUUCCUUUUUUUUUUUUUUUAAAUAACCUUAAAUUAUACAAUUCUCAUUAUUGUUACUGGUUUGUGCAAGGUUUUGUAAUGUACUGUAAUGAAAUGGAAGUAACAAACUGCCCCAAUGUUUUUUUUAUUUUUUUAUUUAUUUAUUUUUUUCCCCCCUUGGAAAAAAUGUAGUUGUGAGUUGUCCAGCUGUUGCUUUAAAUAAAAUAAAAUCUGCAGUUUGAAAAAUGA